ACAUCCGGAGAAACAUGGAGGACACCACUGGCAGUAAUCCCCAAUCUCUCGGAUUUACAGAGAAAUUGAAGUCUUGGCUGUCUUGGUCAUGGACAUACGUGUGCUUCAUCUGGUUCGGCAUGGUGCUGAUUAUGAUAUACGUCCUGUGGAGUCCGCUGAAACUGCAGGAAACUCUUACCUCAGCCUCAGUGUUUUUGAACACACUGACACCCAAGUUCUAUGUGGCUCUCACUGGAACCUCCUCCCUCAUCUCUGGACUCAUCCUUAUAUUUGAAUGGUGGUAUUUUCGGAAAUACGGGACCUCGUUCAUUGAACAAGUGUCGGUGAGCCACCUGCGUCCUCUACUGGGUGGAGUAGAGAGCAGCUCCACCGCUGGUCUGUUCUCAUCAGUUAAUGGAGAGGCAGAGCCCAGACCCAGUGUCUCAGAAUGUAAGGUCUGGAGGAACCCUUUGAAUCUUUUCAGAGGAGCAGAAUAUAACAGGUACACCUGGGUGACUGGGAAGGAACCCCUGACGUACUAUGAUAUGAACCUGUCUGCUCAAGAUCAUCAAACCUUCUUCACAGGAGACACUCAACAGUUAAGGCCAGAGGAUGCUGUGAUGCAAAAGGCCUGGAGAGAAAGAAAUCCUCAAGCCCGGAUCAGAGCAGCUUACCAGGCCAUAGAAAUGAACCACGAAUGUGCAGCAGCUUAUGUUCUUCUAGCAGAAGAAGAAGCAACAACUAUCACAGAAGCUGAACGUCUCUUCAAAAAAGCAUUAAGUAUUGCUGGGAAAGAUAUAAACUUACUGGUGUACAUUAAACGCAGACUGGCAAUGUGUGCACGCAAGCUGGGGCGCAUCAAAGAAGCAGUAAAAAUGAUGAGAGAUUUAAUGAAGGAGUUCCCUCUAUUGGGAAUGUUAAAUAUACAUGAAAACCUCCUGGAGGCACUUCUGGAGCUUCAGGCAUAUGCUGAUGUCCAAGCAGUCCUUGCAAAAUAUGAUGACAUCAGCUUGCCAAAAUCAGCCACUAUAUGUUAUACAUCUGCACUGUUGAAAGCACGGGCUGUUUCAGAUAAGUUCUCUCCAGAAGCGGCGUCCAGGCGAGGGUUAAGCACAGCAGAAAUGAAUGCAGUGGAGGCCAUACACAGAGCCGUGGAGUUCAAUCCACAUGUGCCAAAGUACUUAUUAGAGAUGAAGAGCUUGAUCCUGCCUCCAGAGCACAUUUUGAAGAGGGGUGACAGCGAGGCAGUGGCAUACGCUUUCUUCCACCUGCAGCACUGGAAGAGAGCAGAAGGAGCCUUAAACCUGCUACACUGCACCUGGGAAGGCACCUUCCGAAUAAUUCCCUACCCACUGGAGAAGGGUCACCUGUUUUAUCCCUACCCAGGAUGCACAGAAACAGCAGAUAGGGAACUACUUCCCUCUUUCCAUGAGGUGUCUGUGUACCCAAAGAAAGAGCUUCCCUUCUUCAUCCUCUUCACAGCAGGCCUUUGCUCUUUCACUGCCAUGCUGGCCAUGCUCACACAUCAGUUCCCUGAGCUCAUGGGUGUCUUUGCCAAAGCAUUCUUCAGCACACUCUUUGCACCCCUGGGUUUCUUUGCAGACAAGAUGGAAAGCUUCAUGCCGUCCAGUUUUUGGCACCAGCUGACUCGGAUCUGACCCCAUCUCAUGUGCACACACUGAGACACAAACACACGCACACACAAUGCACACACACACACACACACACACACACACACACACACACACACACGCACGCACGCACGCACGCACACGCACACAUCAGUACCACUCCAAACUCUCGGACAAAAAGUGUUUGCUCUCCUGUCUUCAGCAUUACUGUCCACUUGCUGCAUUGUUACUGAUUAUGUUGGCUGAGGUUGUAUCAACACAGCAAUACCACUCCUAAGAUGCUCUCCCACACUGUUCCAACAGACAGUUUUUCCAAGAACACAUUUGGCGAAUACCAAUGCAACAAUUUCACAGGGUCACUCACUUGUCGUGAUUGUAACUUGGGGGAAAUCCUACAUUUUUCAACAUCCCACAAAGCCUGGCCGGCUCUAAAUUUGGACAGUUUUUUCACAAUAACGAAUUAAACCAUGAAACCUACAUGAUUUUAUCUUCUCCUGUCUAGACAGAUGAGUUUGUUUCUACCAGUGUGUGAAAAACAACAAGAAACAAAUGUGUACGUGAAGGAUUUCUCUAGCAGAAUAUCUAUUUAUGGAUACAACUUAUCACAGUCUUUUGUCAGUAUAAUUAUUUAUGUUUAUCAAAAAGAUUCCAUAUGGCAUUUGAGAUGGGAACCUGUGUGUCCUAUAUCAACCUGCAGUGCCUCACAGACAUCCAGCGGGGCAGAUCUAAAAGUCUGAGAGACCUCCUAAAAACAGCUGUGAUUUACAGCCUUGGAGUGGCUGCAGUGUAUACAUCACCUCUGCAGUUCAACAGUUGUUUCCAAGGCAGGACACCUCGGCACUAUAUCACUGGGGCAACCGGCGCCCCUCACAACAUCAAAAUGUAAAUGGGAUCAUCACUGGUCACAGUUAGGCCUCUCAUGGCAUCACUCAUUUCUGAUGAUUACACUGCACAUUCUAUAAGUUCACCGUUUUGGUCAUCUGCUAAGAAAAAAUUCAAGAGGCACCGUCUGCAGCAGUCAUAUUGAGAAUCAUACAGCGUAGUCGAUGUAACAAAUAUCUGGAAUACACAUGAUUACAGUCAUGUUAAAUGUGCUGUAUUAGAAUUGUUUAAAAGUUCACUGGUGUGCAUUGACCCUUCUAGUUCUCAUAAUGCACUGACAAUUGAAUUAAAUUGCUGAUAUGCAUAGGAGCAUUUAAAGCUGUAAUCAGCAAUUACAGACACAUUGUACUAAAUAAUUUUGCCCCUAAAAAUACACAUUAGAUAAUUCUGCAAAAAUAAUCCUGCCAUAUGAUGUAACAACUGACUGAUCUCAUAACAGCCUUUCAGAAACAAAUGCGUGUGGUUUGCUUUGUAAUGAAACCUGUUAAUGUAGUAUUUAUAUAUAUUAUUCUACACCACAAAUACAGUGAAACUGCAAAGAAUGUAACAAAGUUAAAUGUUGAAAAUACAUCAGUAAUGUAUUGUACAGUAAUAUCGUGAUGACCCAUCAUCCCAGCUAUUUAUUGCAUGGACAGGUUUUGGAACAUUUGAAACCAUUUGACAUGAGCAUGUUAUAUUAUGACGGACAGUUAUUACACUAUCAGUGGCUACAGCAGCUCAUACUUCUGACAUCAUACUGACGCCUCUCCACAUCAUAUGUGAUUACAGAGAUAAUGGGAUAAUAACAAAGUGCCUUUUUUAGUGCAUCCAACUACUAAACGACCAGUAGCUGAACACCAAUUUGGCAUUUACUGCAACUACAAUAUUGAUGUAACCAAAUUAUUCAUUUCCCAGUGAUUAAAUUUACGGAAACAAACAAGCUGUUUAUUAUGGAGUACAUAAACGUAUGCUAUUUUAAUGUGUUUCAAUUUCAGAUUAUAUCGGUAAUAAUUCUGGUCUGAACUACAAGGAUUCUGCUUUGAAUUUCACAUUCUGGUCAGUGGCAUUUGUCUGUUUAAAUUCACAUAAAAUAUCUGUACCAAGCAGCUGAGUUUUAAGUAUAUUCUGAAGACAGGAGAACGUGUGAACAAUUGUAACUACCCUUGGAUGAGUUUGAAAGCGAAACUUACAAUAAAAUACUCAUUCAGUGCA